CGAACCCGCCCGUGGAAAAUACGAAAAUACGGGUUUUCACUGUCAAAUCGGACCUGCCUGAUAAAUUUAUCAAUGGAUUUCCACAAGGAAACAUUCCUGAUCUUGACAUACAUGGGAUUAUGGAAACCCAAAAAUUUAUCAAAAUGGAAAUCUAUUUUUUACAAUCUUUAUUCAGCAGUGGUUGUAACGAUGAUGACUACCUAUGGCCUUUCGCGGUUAGUGAAUAUGAUUGUCUCAACUAAAAAUAUGGCUCAAUUUAUAUUUCUCGGAGUACUUGAAAGUGGUUUGAAAGGUUGUACUUUAUUUUUUUACGCUUCAAAAAUCAUAAAUAUUUUCGAAAUGGUGAGUCGUCCGCCCUUUCAAUGUCAAACAUCUGAGGAGUCUCUAGUUCACCAACAAUUCAGCAGAGAAGUUCGACGUGUUUCGCGCUACUGUUUUAUGUACAUCAUGAUAGCAGCACCAUAUUAUGGAAUUGAUGCUUUUUUCACAGCUCUACCAAAGAGAAAAUUACCGCUUGAAUGUUGGUUACCCUAUGAUUACUCCAGUCUGUACGCAUGGGGAUUUUCAUCAGUCUGUCUCUUACUUGGUAUGCUCUGGGGUAUUACAUUCAAUGUAGUAUGCAAUUGUCUCUUCUUCGAAAUGAUGAUGCAAGUAGUCCUCCACGUGAAGAUAUUGAAGAUUCGACUUCGAGCGAUGAUAAACACUCAACCGAAUGCUAACAGGACCAAUAAUCAUUGUAGAGGAAACCAAUUGCUAUUGGAACGUCAAUCGUUGCAUCAUUGCGUUCAAUAUCACAUCGCCAUCAUUAGAUUGGGCAAAGAUAUCAAGGCUAUAUUGUCCACCAUAAUAUUGAUAAAAUACUCAUUAACUUCCAUCAUGCUAUGCACAACUGUUUAUCUCAUGGCCAAAACACCAGUAUUUUCGACAAAUUUUGUUAGCUUCAGCGUUUACUUCGGAUUUAUAUUUUAUCAAAUAUAUAUUCUCUGUUAUGCUGGUCAUCGCAUCCGAAUGGAGUUUGACAGCAUUGGGGAAGUUUUAUACACUUCCAAUUGGAUCGCACUGAGUGAAACCUCUAAGCAGUCUAUGAAGUUCAUGAUGAUCAAUGCUGAGAAACCGUUCGUUUUCACUUGCGGUGGUAUUCUAAAAUUGGAUAUAGAGGCAUUGAAGAAUACACUCCAGCUGGCUUAUUCUAUCUACAACAUUCUCUAGGAUCACAGUUAUCCUCAGGCGACUCUCCGUAGCUCUCUACUUCUCUAGCUCUUCGGGCGUCGCCGAGCGAGGGGAAUAUCGCCCCCCACUACGUGUGUGCCGUCACGGACUCGGAACAACUCGAGAGGGGAAGUGUGUUUUGGGAAUUGACGGUGGCUAUAGCGUUCUUGCUUGAAUAGUCACAGUGUCCCUCCUGCCAAACACUUGUAGAUG